GACAGCGUGGGAGAGAGGACUGACACUGUCGAUGUGAGAAAACUUGAUCGGAAUACACGCCAGCUUGUCGUCGAUAGAGCAAUGGCCACUUCCGAGCAGGAUAACUACAAGUUGCUUUCCGGCGUUAAAGAGCGCCUCGAUAGUGUGGGAUUGGAGGUUCCUAAAGUUGAAGUUCGAUACGAGGACAUAACAAUCACAGCAAAUGUGAAUGUUGGCUCCAGAGCUUUGCCUACUUUAAUGAAUUCUGUCCGCGAUGUCAUUGAGAAUAUAUUGACUCGACUGAGGAUAUUCCGCCCUAAGAAACACUCUCUAACCAUUUUGAAUAACAUCAAUGGUGUUGUAAAACCUGGAAG